AUGGGUAUUAUCCAGUUACCCGCGUAUGUUGAUUAUUGGUCUAAGGAUUUUAAAGUAGAUUGUGUUAUAAAUGUGAUGUCCCUCAAAAAAUAUCAGUUAAUAAGACGUUAUCUCCAUUUCAAUGACAGUGAAGUUGAAAAUGAGAGCAAUGACCGUUAUUACAAAAUUCGCCUUCUGUUUGAUAAAGUUAUAUCCAACUGCAGAAAGAUUGAAGAAGAAAGUAGAAUGUCCAUUGAUGAGAUGAUGGUACCGUAUAAAGGGAAGAAGUCAGGUGAAUUAAAACAAUACAUAAAAACUAAGCCUAAAAAGUGGGGGUACAAAAUGUUUGUUAGAGCAGGAGUCUCUGGUAUAGUGUAUGACGCAAUUCUAUAUGGUGGACAGUAUACUUUUUCGGGAAGGGAUUUUAGUAAUUAUGAAAAUACCUUGGGAUUGGGUGCCAAAGUUGUCCUUUCUUUAUGUCGCACGAUAAGAGAUCCCGUACUAACUGUGGUAUACUUUGAUAACUAUUUUUCAAGCGUCGAGUUAAUGCACCAUCUACGAAACGAACUGGGUAUCUUGUCGAUUGGCACAUUUCAACAAAAUAGAACGAGAGGAUGUAUUCUGAAGGAUGACAAAGAAAUGAAGAAGAUGCCUCGAGGAUCGGUGGAUAUGAAAGUUUGUGAGGAAAAAAAAAUAGUUUUAGUGAAAUGA